AUGGACGGCGUUACCAAGCUUCUCGAACGCCGCGAGCCCGUCGAAAUUGUCGAGUACGACAAAUCUGGAAAUGUCUCUCGCACCUGGACUCAUCAUCCUGGCGACCGCGUUGUGCUUAAAACAAAGCCUAGCAUCUUCCUGCUCCCAUCCAUGAAAGAGGCUUUUAUGCCUGUUGGAUAUCCUCAUUCCGUUUCGAGCGAUUAUCUCAACUACCAAUUCUUCGACUCUCUUCAGGCCUUCUUUUCGACCAUCACCUCCCUCCUCGCCAACCGAGCUCUGCUGCAGGGUCUAGGUGUAGGAGAUGCAAACUCGUCCGCCACCUUCGCCAUGCUCCUGACUGUUCUGAAGGAUGCAGUGUCUCGAAUCGCUACUAUCAUCUUCGCCCAGCAGUUCGGCCUUCGUAUUGAGCCAGACGCAAAGCGCUUCCGCUUCCUGGCUGAUCUGUUCAACGACACUGCCUUCUUUCUGGAGCUGUACAGCCCGUAUCUAGGUCCCUAUGGAAAAAUUCUUGCCAUCACCAGUGGAGAAGCACUCCGCGCUCUGUGUGGUGUUGCGGCCGGUGCGAGCAAAGCUGCUCUCAGUGUACACUUUGCAAAGCAUGACAACCUCGCUGAACUCAAUGCUAAAGAAGCCAGUCAGGAGACCGCUGUGGGCCUUAUCGGACUUCUUGUUGGCACGUUCAUUGUGAAGCAUGUGGAGGACCACAACAGUGUUGUUUGCCUAAUGGUCGUUCUUGUCUUUGCGCACCUGUGGAUGAAUUAUCUUGGUGUUCGCAGUGUUUGUAUGGACUACCUCAACCGACAGCGCGCAACAAUCUUAUUCGAGGAAUAUCUCAAGACCGGAAACAUCCUAACGCCAAAUGAAGUUGCUAGCCGUGAGAACAUUAUUAUCUGGCAACCUGUCGUCCGAAACCAGCACGGUGAGAAAGUCGUUCGAAUCGAAAUGGCACAAAGCUACGGGGACGCUAUGGGCGCCAAACAUUCCCCUGCCAAAAUCUACCUUGUCGACGGCAUCCGAAACACCCUAUUUGUAUGGUCGCACUGGAAGGAUAGCCUCAUACCUAUCAAGAUCAUGCUCUGGAAGGACUCGGGAGCCAUUCAUGCCAUUAGCGCCUGGUUCAUGGCCAUGGAGAUGGCCUGGCUCAUAGAGAAGAGCGAGGGAUACACCGACAAGCUGGACAGAUUCUUUUGUGGAAAGGAGGCUAUUGAUGGAUACCAGCAAAAGUACGACCAACGUGAGCUUUGGGACGGAUUGCUCGCCAAGGGGUGGAAUCUGAACUCUCAAGCCUUUGAGACGGGCGCCCCUGUGCGUCUGCAUGCUCAGAUGGAGGGGAAGAAGGACCAGUAA